CUACGGGCUACGGGUGACACUCUCAUUUUUCUUCCGCUUUACGCUCUCACCUUGUGUCAUUACGAGAAAUCAUUUUCUUUUCUCUUAUGCCUCUUGUCUAUCACCGUCGCUAAUCAAAGUCAGCUAACAAAGUAGCAAGAACGAGAAGAAGCCUCUCCUCAAUUUCUCUGCCGUCUCUCUCUGUGUUCACGCCUUCACGCACAUUGAUAAAGCUUCGUGUGGUUGAAGAAGAGCUAUAUCAAUCGAGUAUGCGCAGAUCUGACUCUGGACAAUUUUGAACGAUGGACGUCGAUAAAUCAUCUCUCUGCAACUGCGUUGUCAAUUUUCUCCUCGAAGAGAACUACUUACUCACUGCAUUUGAGCUGCUUCACGAGCUCCUCGAUGACGGCCGGGACGCCCAGGCUAUCAGGCUUAAGGAGUUCUUCUCUGAUACUUCUCAGUUCCCGCCAGAUCAGAUCUCCCGCUUCAACACUCUCCGAGUUGCCGAUCCUCAGUGUUUACUGGAAGAGAAAGAAACUAUUGAAGAAAAAUUGGCAGUCAGUGAAUAUGAACUCCGUUUAGCCCAAGAAGAUAUUUCGAAACUUAAGGAAGAAUUACAAAAGAGAAAUGAAUGCUCUGUAGAAGUCAAUGGUUCCAAUGUAGAUGACUCUGUACUUCCUAGAAUAACUUUUGAACAGGGGAAGCGAAGCACUUCCUUUUCUGAUUUGGGCCCAUUGAAAGAUAGUGAACGUAGAGAUCUUAACUGUGCUGUAAAGGAAUAUCUGCUUUUAGCAGGAUAUCGACUUACUGCAAUGACAUUCUAUGAAGAGGUUACAGACCAAGACCUUGAUGUUUGGAAUACACCUGCUUGUGUACCGGAUGCUUUACGCCAUUAUUAUUAUCAGUACCUUUCAUCCACUGCAGAGGCUGCUGAGGAGAAAAUCUCCCUUCUUCGGGAAAAUGAGUCUCUACUUAAAGCAAAUGAGAGGCUGAAUCAGGAAAAAGAAUCCUUGCUGAGAAACAAGGAUGUGGCUGAAGGUCAGAAAAUGGCAUUAACAAAGUCCUUAGAAGCUGUCCAUAAGGAUCUGAAGGAGAGGGAGAUAUUGGUACAUAGUUUAAAACAAUCACUAGAGCUUCAAAGGAAGGAACUCAAUGACUGUAGAGCUGAAAUUACAUCAUUGAAAAUGCACAUAGAAGGGUCUCGAUCUGGUAGAGGUUGGGUAACUGGAGAUAUUGAUUCUUCACAAUCUCAGUCCUUGGAAAAUUAUAAGGCAGAAAUAAAAUCUUUGCAAAUGGAAAUAGAAAGUUUGAAGGCAAAGAACUCGGUUUCAAGCAAUCUUGAGUCUGUUGUUUGCAUAAAAGAGAAUACACAGACAGAAGAAAAGGUUGUUGAGAUACAUGAAGAUAAAACUAUAUUGCCUUGUCCUGCAGGCUUGGCACCCAGUACCUCAAAUGUUGAAGAUAGUGAACAUCAGAAAACUGAGACCCUUGUAGGAAAUGUGGCUAAGCCUAUUGAAAUGUUAAAAGAGCCGCCAUUUAGCUCUUCAAAUGGUGAUGGUACAGUUGAAAAUGACAAGACUAUCUACAAGCAUGACACUGCACACUCACAAGAAGUUGCUGCAAGAGUUGUUGAAUCAGAGAAUCAAAUGAGUGAACCCACUACAGUAAAGAUGGGUUUGGAAACCAUUCAAAUCCUUUCUGAUGCCUUGCCUAAAAUUGUUCCGUAUGUAUUGAUCAACCAUCGUGAGGAGCUUCUUCCCCUAAUGAUGUGUGCGAUUGAGCGCCAUCCAGAUAGUAGCACAAGGGACUCCCUGACACAUUUAUUGUUCAAUUUAAUUAAGCGACCAGAUGAACAACAAAGAAGGAUUAUAAUGGCUGCAUGUGUCAGUUUAGCUAAGAAUGUGGGAGAGAUGAGAACUGAAUCAGAAUUGCUUCCACAGUGUUGGGAACAAAUUAAUCACAUGUAUGAGGAGCGUAGGCUGCUUGUUGCUCAAUCAUGUGGAGAGCUUGCAGAAUUUGUUCGACCUGAGAUUCGUGAUUCUCUGAUUCUGUCCAUUGUGCAACAACUGGUUGAGGAUUCUGCAACUGUUGUCCGAGAAGCUGCUGCUCAUAACCUCGCAUUGCUGCUUCCACUCUUUCCAAAUAUGGACAAAUAUUUCAAGGUUGAGGAGUUGAUGUUCCAGCUGGUCUGUGACCCCUCUGGAGUGGUAGUUGAGACUUCGCUCAAAGAAUUAGUACCUGCAGUUAUAAGCUGGGGAAACAAAUUGGAUCAUAUUUUACGACUUCUACUUUGUCAUAUCCUGGGCUCUGCUCAGCGGUGUCCACCACUUUCGGGGGUUGAAGGUUCCAUGGAGUCGCAUUUACGUGUAUUAGGUGAACGAGAGAGAUGGAAUAUUGAUGUCUUACUCCGCAUGUUGACUGAUCUGCUUCCGUUUGUGCACCAGAAAGCAAUUGAGUCAUGUCCAUUUCCUUCUGUUAAUGGUUCUCUUGCUUCUGAUCCUCAAGGAGCAUUCUUUUCCAUCUCCGUGCUUGAGUUGUAUGCAGGGGGUCACAUGGAAUGGCCAGCAUUUGAUUGGAUGCAUGUUGACUGUUUCCAUGGCUUGAUUCAACUUGCCUGUCUAUUACCUCAAAAGGAAGACAACUUAAGAAAUAGAAUCACAAAGUACCUGUUGGCUGUAUCAGAAUACUUCGGGGAUCAGUAUUCAACACACGUAAUCCUUCCUGUUUUCUUAGUCGCAGUUGGGGAUACUUAUGAUUUGACAUAUUUCCCCUCUGCUAUCCAGUCAAGAAUCAGAGGUUUACAACCUAAAACUGCUGUGGCUGAGAGACUUGCUAUAGUGUGUGUUCUACCAAUUCUCUUGGCCGGUAUUCUUGGUGCCUCCAGUAGGCAUGAACAAUUAUCUGAAUACUUGAGAAAGUUGUUGGUUCAAGGCACACUGAAAGAGGGUUCCAUGACAAAUCGUACUACUGAGAUCAUUGAUGCUGUCCGCUUCCUCUGCACAUUUGAAGAACACCAUGGAAUCAUCUUCAAUAUUCUGUGGGAGAUGGUUGUCAGCACCAAUGCAAAUAUGAAGAUCAGUGCUGCCAAUCUAUUGAAAGUCCUUGUUCCGUCUAUUGAUGUGAAAAUGGCUUCUACGCAUGUUUUACCUGCCCUUGUCACCCUGGGCUCUGAUCAAAAUCUAAAUGUAAAAUAUGCAAGCAUAGAUGCUUUUGGAGCUGUAGCGCAACAUUUUAAAAGUGACAUGAUAAUUGAUAAGAUACGAGUUCAGAUGGAUGCUUUUCUUGAAGAUGGAUCCCAUGAAGCUACCAUUGCUGUGAUCCAUGCAUUAGUGGUUGCAGUACCACAUACUACAGACAGGCUGCGAGAUUAUCUUUUGUCUAAGAUUUUCGAACUAACAAGUGCACCAACACCUAGAAGUGAUGUGAUGCGCCGCCGGGAGAGAGCCAAUGCAUUUUGUGAAUCAAUACGUGCCCUAGAUGCUACAGAUCUGCCUACAACCAGUGUUCGGGAUUUCCUCCUACCUUCCAUACAGAAUUUGCUAAAAGAUCCAGAUUCACUUGAUCCAGCACACAAAGAAGCCCUAGAAAUUAUACUCAAGGAAAGAGCAGGUGGAACUUUUGAAGCUAUUAGUAAGGUCAUGGGUGCCCAUCUUGGUAUUGCAUCGUCAGUGAGCAGUUUCUUUGGUGAAGGUGGGCUGCUGGGCAAGAAGGAGAGUGCAGAAUUACCAGAGCCAGUUGAACCUCCAAAACCCGUACAACAACCUCCACAAGAGGACACAAGAUUCAGGAGGAUCAUGAGGGGAAGUUUCAGUGACAUGCUUAGAGGCAAAAACAAGAACAACGAAGAAAAUUCCUAGAGGCAAUCAAGUUAUAAUUUUCCUGUCUGGUUUUGUUGAAUUUUUUUUCAUACAUCAUUUAUUAAGUAUUGCUUCAUAAGACUUCCAUUAGAAGUUCUGACUGACAGAACACUCAGAAAAAAAUGUUUUUUUUUUUAAUCCAUGUUCUUCUCCAAUGUAAAUUUAGUUCAUGCGACUGAAAUAGGUAAUAAUUGCUUAGUAUUGAAGUUGUA